ACUAUUUAUUCGAUUCCCUCAUUAGUUUAACAGGUGCACUGUUACGAAAAACGAAAAUAAUCUACGCACUUAGCGAGAUUCUUGCUUAUUUUCAUUCAUAAGCGGCACGCUCUAAAUGGAAGCAGCACCGCUAGCUAGCCUACACACAUACGGCCUACCGAGCACAAGUAGAGCGCUCACGUCUGAUCUGAUAAAUAAAAAGAGAGUGAAGAAGCGCUCAGCUAGCUCACACGCCAUCAUUGCUGCGCUGCCUCCCAACGUUCGGGCAAGAACGAAGGCGUCUUUCGCUUCCAUUGCUGCUGCGAGGGAGAAGAAGCCAGAACAAGAACGUGAGACACACAUACAUCGUGUGAGGUGGCGUGCUGACGGCGAGGGAUGCGGGCGGGGGCAUACACUAUCCACCAGUCGCUCACCGCCGAGGCGGCCGCCGUGCUCAAGCUCGCGCUCGCGCUCGCGCGCCGGCGCGGCCAUGCGCAGGUCACGCCACUGCACGUCGCGUUCGCGCUGCUGACCGGCCCCGCCGCGUGCGCGCAGCCUCUCGCGGCCUUCUCCUCACCCGCGUCUCCGGCGGUGCCGUACGGUCUACUCAAACGUGCCUGCUUGCGGUCGCACCCGGCGCCCGGUCCGGCGGCGUGUCACGGCGCGCCCCAGCACCCACUGCAGUGCCGCGCGCUUGAGCUGUGCUUCAAUGUAGCGCUCAACCGCCUGCCCGCUUCCGGCCCGCAGUCGGCGCCCUCCUCGACGUCGCCAUUCACGUCGCCGCUUAUCCAGCCCAGCCCCACACUCUCCAACGCGCUCGUCGCCGCCCUCAAGCGCGCGCAGGCCAACCAGCGCCGCGGGUGCGUUGAGCUCCAGCAGCCGCCGCCACCAGCAAAUGCGCCGCCAGCACAGCAGCAGGCGCUCCUCGCCAUCAAGGUGGAGCUGGAGCAGCUGGUCAUCUCCAUCCUCGAAGACCCCAGCGUGAGCCGCGUCAUGCGGGAAGCCGGCUUCUCCAGCGCCACCGUCAAGAGCAACCUCGAGGAGGAGAGCGCGCUCAUGCCGCCGCGUUCCUCGUCGUCCCCACCGCUGCCGCUGCCGCCGCCGCCCAUCCCUCCCCACUUCUUCAUCGACCCCAGCAUUCCCUCCAGCGGCAAAGCUGGUGACCGCUUCGGGCUCUGGCCGGCGCACUUCUUGUCCGCGGCGCCGGGCCCGGGCGCAUGCAACGACGACGUCCGCGCGGUCCUGGAGGUGAUGGUCCGGAAGCAGGAGCGGCGAAGCAACCCCGUUGUGGUUGGCGACUCGGUGUCCAUGGCGGAGGCCGUGGCCGACGAGCUGCUCCGGCGCCUCGAGCGCGGCGACGUCCCAGAAGAGCUCGCCGGCGCACACCUCCUCAAACUGCAGCUCUCCUACGUGCACAUCCGCCUCAUGAGCCGCGGCGACGUGAACGCCCGGGCCUCCGAGCUCCGCCGUAGCGUGGACGCCGUCCAGCUCCAGCGCGGCGGCGGGCUGGUGGUCUACGUGGGCGACCUGCGGUGGGCGCUCGACGAGGAAGCCCACGACAACCACGCGGUCUCGUCGUACAGCCCCGUGGAGCACAUGGUCGCCGAGCUCGGCCGCCUCCUCGACGACCUCCGAGCUUCCUGCGGCCGCGCCUGGCUCGUGGCCACUGCCAGCUACCAGACGUACAUGAGGUGGCAGCAGCGGCGCCGGCGGCCGCUGGAGUCAGCAUGGACGCUGCAGGCCGUGGUGGUCCCCACCGGCAGCGGCACCGGUCUGUCCCUCAACAGCCUCGGUUCCUCAUCGUCUUGUUCCUCCCUCCAAAGUGCCAGUGCAGGGGUGCCUCCGCCAAUGCUGACAUCCCAGCCGCUUGGGCAGAAUCCUUUUCCAGAGGUCGGGGCGGCGACGGCGUUUGCAGGCAGAGAUGAGCAGGAGGAUGAGAUGCAGCUGGCGCUCUGCACCGAGUGCACCAAGAACUACGAGAGGGAGGCGACGCUCGUGAAGGCAGAGGCUGAUGCGGAGGGCCCACGUGCCAGCCUCCCGGGCUGGCUGGUGCUGGACAGACCACCGGCAGACCAAACACCACACGAGCAGAAGUAUCUGACCGUGUUGAAGAGGAAAUGGAGCCGGCUGUGCAGGAAGCUUCACCUCUGCUCUGAUCCAGGCUCCCCUCAGUGUCCAUGGUGGUCUGGUUCUUGCUCGCAACCGGCCAGCAAGGGUAAGCCAAGCGAGCCGAGGUUCUUGGGCUUGGAUGGCUUGAUGGGGCAACACACGAGCAGGAGGUCCCCGCCGUCACCAUCGAGGAGUCCUCGUUGGGCUCCGAGUCCACCGAUGGGGUCGGGAUGCCAGGGCGUGGGAACUACGCUUGCUCUCGCCAGCCACCUGCUCUCGGACUCGGCGACCUCCGACAGCCGCGCCCCGGGAAGCGGUGAUGGAUCCGCGGCGGCGCGCGAGCUGGAGCAGAGGCUGCGCAGGAACAUCCCGUGGCAACCCCGAGCCAUCGUCGCGGAGAUUGCCAAUGCGGUGGUCGCUAGCCGAGAGAGCGACGACGGGGCGACGGGCGUGUGGCUGUACGUGAAGGGGAGCGACCACGUCGCCACGCGGCGCGCUGUCACGGUGAUCGCGGAGACGCGCUGCGGCUCGGCUGACCGCGUGAUCUGCGCGGACCCGAGCAAGUUCAGCUCCGCAGAGAGGUUGUGCUCAGAUGUUGUCUCCAGGGCGUCCGCGAUGGGUGGCAAGAUGGUGGUGGUGGUCGUCGACGAUGUCGAGAACGCGUCACGCGACGUCGCCGACUGCCUAGUCGCCGCAUCGAAGAGCGGUUCUCUGAAGGAUCGUCAGUCCGGACAAGCACUGGAUCUCUCCGGCUGCAUCGUGAUCCUGCUAGCAUCGAAGUGGACCGGCGGCUCCAGCGACCAGAUCAGCCUGCGUCUGUGGGCGGAGAACGAGGCGUCGUCCGCCGCUCUCAAGAGGAAGACGGAGUCACCGCUGCGCGAGAGCAAGCGAGCACGGCACGACGCCGGGCUGGGCGGCCUUGAUCUCAACCUCUGCGCCGAGGAUGACCCAGCAGACGAAGACGACGAAGCCCUUCCCAGCGACAUAACCGACGAAGGCGACUCUAGCGACACGAGUGAGCACGGACAACCCCACGGCCUCCUCGAGGCCCUCGCGGCCCGCGUGGUCACCCUCGACAAUGACGACGGCGACGGCGACGCCACAGCCUCCAUCCGCGCGAGGCUUGCCAGGGCCAUCGGCCAAGGAUGGACACGUGUGGAGGAGACGGCGGUGCAAAUGCUUGCAGCGGCGUCCGGACAGUUCCUCGAGGACGAGUUUGAGAGUUGGACGUCGGAGGUGCUUGAACCGGCAGUGGCGCUGGCAACGGUCAAAAAUGGCGGGAAAGGGAAGGUGAUAGUACUUGGAUUGGGGCCCUGUGGCGAGAGCCGGGAGACACCAGGGUUUAUGGGCUCUGUCCUUCCAAGUAGGGUCCAGGUGGACUGAGCUGUGUACUGUUUUUUAGUUCUCAUUUUUUUAGAGGGGAAGUGGUUUGUAUGUAUGGUAUGUAAAGCGUGGGAUUGGGGCCUGGAAAUGAAAGGGAUCAAAUGUACUAUUAUUAUAUAUAAGUAGUUUUGCAGGAUUAAUUAUCA